AUGCCUUCGCGCCACUCCGACAUGGAGGCGCCGAAGCCUUCCGGUUUCCAGGCCGAGUCGCAGCCUGAAGAGACGACAGAAGGCAUCCCCGAGGAGUCUGGUGUCAGUUCAAUUCUCGUGCCACCACACCCCACCGAGAGUGAUCAGUCUGCUGCAAUUCGUGUAAACCCUGAUGACGCAUUUGCCAAUAUCAUUCGAGAGUACUUUCCAUCGCCCCAGGGCACAAGUUCCGAAUUUGCCAGUCGCCAAGCCAGCCUUGAUUUUAUGCGGCAUCUUUUUGAAUUCGCCGGUCGCCACGAUGACCUUAAUUCCAUUCCGCAGAUUCGUGAACUGGCCAGUCGCCAACGCGACUUUGAAAUUGCUCUUAUCACUCUUCGCCAGGCUAGAAACAGUCAGCAAAAUUUCGAACAUGAUAAUUCUCAGCAUCGGCGUGGAUCGGCUUUGCUCCAAGGUUGCCUGUUGCAGACUGACGAGAUCGAAGGCCACACCCUCCCCCAUCCAGCUCCACAAGAGCAAACCCGUGCAGCCAGCUCUGUUUCCUCACAUGAGAGUAACGGCCCAUACUGCAGAACCAACCCCGAUAACAAAAAUGAACCUCUGGACAACGGCAAUUCUGGUGAUGAUGAUGACCCGUCGAGCGACCGGAAUUCCCAGUUACAACGCGGCAGACCCCUUCGACGACCCACCGACAAUUCUGAUGGUUACCCAUCUCGGGACCCAGGUUCUCAAGUACAACGUGGCAGAUCCCUUCGACGACAUGGAAGCCCCGUCAGCGAUGCGUUCCAUGCGUCUCAGGGCAGCAAUCACUCAUCAAGGGACCGUUCUCAAAUACGACGCGGGAGAGGACUCCUCCGAGCUUCCAGCAUUGUAACUGAUCCGUGGGCUGAUCUUUGGGGUCCUGUCAAACUACCGAGUGAGCCGGGUUCCCCAGAACGACGUGGCAGGACACAUCUACGAGCUCCUAGCAUUGCCACCAAUCCAUGGGCUGAGGUUCCGGGUAACAACCACCCACCAAGGGACCCUUCUCAAUUGCAAUGGGGCAGAGCAUUUCUGCGAGCUUCAAGUGCUGUCAGCAAUCCGUGGGCUGGGUCUUGGGGUCCCACCAGCCUACCAAUUUACCCGAGUUCUCGAGUACCACGCGGGGGAAACCCUGUCAGCGAUCCGUGGGCUGAGCUUCGGGAAAGCAUCAACCAAAUGGGCGACCCAAAUGCCCACAGACCACGGGGGGCAAGCCCUGUCACGUCUUCUGCGGCAUCCGGCCGCGAAAACUCGGGGGACAGAAUCCCCAAUUUCAUUUCUGCCCUCCGAGCACCUUUUACCAACUCUUCGGAGUCUGAGAUGAGUUUCGGGGGCAGUGACGAGGGGGAGGAGGGGAACCAGAUGGUGAAACGGUGGAGCAAGGAGGUUCAGCCGGCACGUCAACACUCCCCUGGACCACGAGGCUGA